AUUAUUUUUUAUUCGCUUUUGUUUUUUCUUCCAGUGGAAGGGUUUAAAAGUAUAGAAAAUAGAGUAUAGUUGAGGGGAAUUAAGUUGAGAAUUUCAAGUUCCUUUAGAUGUGAUUUGAAAACAAAGAUGAGAUCUUUGAGUAGUGUAGGACUUGGUCUCAGCAUAGUUUUUGGGUGCCUUCUGUUAGCUCUAGUUGCUGAGCUUUACUACUUGCUCUGGUGGAAGAAGAGGCUCACCAGCACAGAGAUGGAGGAUGAUUACAGCAGCCCAGCAAGGGAGCUCCUGUACAUGUACUGUUGGAAGAAGCCAUCUUCUUUGAGCUCCAGAGCUCUCAAUCCCCAAGAACUAUGCUCUUCAGACAGAGUAACUGACACCCAUGUGCUUGAACCACAUCAGGCUCAUCAUCAGCUUCAUAUGCAUGGAAAAGAGGACUAUUUGCUCAAGCCCUUUGGAGAAGAAACCAUGGAGACUGAACUCAUGAGAUUGCAUGAUCUCUCUGGCCCUCCAAGAUUUCUCUUCACCAUCAAGGAAGAAACAAAGGAGGAUUUAGAAUCUGAAGAUGGGAAGUCUAGAGGUGAUAAGAGUGCAAAGGGGUCAAGAAGUAGGAGCCUGAGUGAUCUUCUUCUAACAGUGGAGACUCCAUUUUUGACACCUCUUGCUUCUCCACCAUUUUUCACUCCUCCUCUUACUCCUAUGGACUCCUCUUAUAACCACCAAGGAGUCAACCCGCUCUUUGAAUCAGCGGCAGAUGCUGAUCAGUUUAGCAAAAUAAGUUCAUCACCACCUCCCAAGUUCAAGUUCUUGAAGGAUGCUGAGGAGAAACUCCACAGAAAAGUAAUGGAAGAAGCCAAAAAGGAGCAGUUGCAGUUUGAAGUGUCUGCAGAUUUUGCAGUUAAUCCUCCUUCCUCUUCAAAGCUUCACAAGGAUGAAGAAGAUGGAUCGUUUAUCACCAUUGUUGUUGCUAAGAACAAAGAGAAAGACCUCACUCAUCAUUCAAGCUCUUCACAGAUACUUCCUCUGGUUUCUUCCCCUUCAACAUUCGACCCACCAGCUAGCAAGAAACCCAUCUUGCACCACAGCUUCACAAAUUAAAUAUUUCCUUAGUUUCAUUUUAUGACUGAAUUUACUGAUUCUUUUUUUUUCUAGA